AUGGCCAACGCCACUGGGCCCGAGGAUCUGAGCGGCAGCGCGGCCGCCCUGCCUCCCGCAACUGCCUCCACCUCCAUCAAGUUGGUUCUCUUGGGGGCCAUCAUCUGCAUCAGCCUGGUGGGCAACGCGCUCCUCUCCCUGCUGGUCCUCCGGGAGCGGGCCUUGCACAAGGCUCCCUACUACUUCCUGCUAGACCUCUGCCUGGCCGACGGGGUGCGGGCGGCCGUGUGCUUCCCCUUCGUGCUGGCCUCCAUCCGCCACGGCUCGGCCUGGACCUACAGCGCGCUCAGCUGCAAGGUGGUGGCCUUCAUGGCGGUCCUCUUCUGCUUCCACGCGGCCUUCAUGCUCUUCUGCAUCAGCGUCACCCGCUACAUGGCCGUGGCCCACCACCGCUUCUAUGCCAAACGCAUGACCCUGUGGACCAGCGCAGCGGUCAUCUGCAUGGCGUGGACCCUGUCCGUGGCCAUGGCCUUCCCGCCGGUCUUUGACGUGGGCACCUACAAGUUCAUCCGGGAGGAGGACCAGUGCAUCUUCGAGCACCGCUACUUCAAGGCCAACGACACCCUGGGCUUCAUGCUCAUGCUGGCCGCGCUCAUGGCCGCCACCCACGCCGUGUACGGGAAGCUGCUCCUCUUCGAGUACCGCCACCGCAAGAUGCGCCCCGUCCAGACCGUCCCCGCCGUGAGUCAGAACUGGACGUUUCACGGGCCUGGUGCCACCGGCCAGGCCGCGGCCAACUGGAUAGCUGGCUUUGGUCGAGGCCCCCUGCCUCCCACCCUGCUGGGCAUCCGGCAGGCCACCGGAGGAGGGGGUGGCCAUGUGGCCAGCCGGCGCCUCCUAGGCAUGGAGGAGUUCCGUGGGGAGAAGGAGCUGGGCCGCAUGUUCUAUGCCAUCACCCUGCUGUUCCUGCUGCUCUGGUCUCCCUACAUCGUGGCCUGCUACUGGCGGGUCUUUGUGAAGGCUUGCGCCGUGCCUCACCGCUACUUAGCCACUGCUGUCUGGAUGAGCUUUACGCAGGCCGGGGUCAACCCCAUCGUCUGCUUCCUCCUCAACAAGGACCUCAAGAAGUGCCUGAGGACUCACGCCCCUUGCUGGGGGGCCUCCGGCCCCCCAGCCCCUCAGGAGCCUUACUGCGUCAUGUGAAAGCAGGGAGAAGGGGCGGGAGGAAGAGGGAGAGGGAAGAAGGAGGCAAAGGGGUGAGGAGGAGUGAGUGCCAACGAUGAUUGGGAGUGCGGAGGCCGGGAAUCCAGGAGUGGCUCCCUAAACUUACCUGAUUCCCUGGGCUCUAGCCGGGGGCGCUCCUCCGCUCCUGGGCCCCUCUGGCCUGUGUCUGUCCCCAGCAGCUCCUAGGGGAGUAGGGAGAAGGCGCUGCUGGUUCUAGGGACCUCCACACGCA